AUGGUAAUUCAUCUAAAGUACAGAACGAUCGAAGCCGAUCUCACGCGCUUUCUGUCCAAAAACAGCCACUUUCAAGAUCAAGAAUCCGCCUUUGAAAAAAUCGCAGAGCAGUACAGUUCAGCAUUGAUCGAGUCAAACAACCGCAAACGAAUUAUCAUGGGCGAAAUGGACCAAAUCAAGGGUCAAGUUAAGAAAUGCCACGAAUAUACAAAUUGUAUCAUCCCUGACAUUCCCAACGAACAUGUUACAGCAAAAUUUCAACAAGAACUUGAAGCGGCACACUCUCUCGUGAGUGAGUUCAAAAAGCUUCGCACCGACGAAUUCGAGGAAAUCUGUAAACAAGAAGCCUCUCUCAAGCGAGAAAUUGAUGUCACUAUACGUCGAGCAACCGAGAUAGAGCGGAAUAAAGAAGUAUCCCACGAGAAAGAGAAUCACUACAAAAAGCGCAGCUUGAACACCGGAAACGCUUCUAAUGGCCGCGAUCAAGCAGUACAGCAGUUUCAGGAUUAUGUGGCGAAACACGGUCAUUGUGGAAGCUGGAACAUGGUGGACCACAGUGUUUUCAUAAAAACCUGGAAGAGAGUGUGCUCGCAAGAAUACAAAGACAACGUGGCCGAUGUAGAAUCUCUCGAACACGACAGCGCAGUCAUGGAUGAAUUCCAGCAGGCUCUGCCCGGACGAACGAUGAAAGACAUUAGCGACCAUCUACAAUGGUAUCAGCGCUACUACAAACUUGAAUAUGGGCAAAGAACCGCCAUCCAGAAGUGGAAAAAAGAACGCAAAAAGCGCCUCGAGGAGUAUCGCAGUGGCCAAGUAAAAAAAGCAGCUGUUGCGCAUGAAAAUAACGCCAAAUCUAAUGAUAAGAUUGAUGUUAUUGCUGCGAAGAAAAAAGCUAGAAUCGAAAAGUGGAAGCAAGAAAAGGAGCAAGCUGAGGAACAAAUACGGCUCCAAGAAAUUGCAAGAAAAGAGCUGGAAGAAAAGAAGAAAAAGAAAGAGAUAGCGGAGCGACGCAAAAUUCUUCAGGAGCGCGACUUACAGCGUCAGCGAGAUUCCGACGCUCUCAAACGAGUUAGAGAACAAGAAAAGGAAAUGGAAAUCGAGUAUAAGCGAAAGAAGGGAGCUGAAGCUAAUGCGAAAGUCAAAAGCUUAACUGCUCGGGACAUCGUGUCAAGGCAACAACAAACGCGCGAGAGGCAAGAAUCUGAGCGGAUGAAGAAUAUCGAGAAACAAAUCAAAGAGACCCGACGAAAGCAAAGAAAUGAUCAGCUAGCAGACUGGGAUCCAACAAGAGUUUAUCAGCCAACUUCUUCCCAUCAAAGACGGCUUAUGUCGACAGAAAACCCUUCUCAGCCGACACGCACCUUUAUUCUUCAGCCUGGAGGCCGCGCACAAGCUUCUUGGAGAGCGGGACUAUGA